GCAAUAUCUGUAACUUCCACUUCACCGGUCCCUCUCAGGGGUCCUUUACGUGGCAUUAAUAAACAUAGAUGGCGGCGGCGUCCAGAGCUUCAUAGAAUUUUUUCGUGAUUUUUUUCACUUUUAUGAUGAUUUGUUUGUGAAGACAGCGUUCAAAACCGUCCCUAUAUGUUUCAUUUUAGCGUUCUUGUUUGGGGAAGUUUAAGUUUGAAGUCGUAAAAUGAGCGGCUGGGCUGGUUUUUCUGACGCGGAGCUGCGGAGGUUGCAGCAGAAAGACGCAGCGGCAGCCCGCGGUCGCAAACCGGCUCCAGCCAACCGGAGUCGGCAGCAGUUACAGCGGGAGAAGGCCCUGCAGCUAGCCGCGUCUCCCGGCCUUCCGCCGGAGCAGCAGCUCAGCAAACCGCCGCCGCCGAAGAAUGAACCUCGGCCCGCAGCUCCAGCAGCAGCUCCAGCUCCAGCAGCUCCGGCAGCAGCUCUGGUAGCAGCUCCGGCGGUUAAGCUGGAGGUGCUGCAGAAGAGCAGCGAAGGAAAGCCCGCUGCAGAGGAGGAGAGCCCGGCUGUCAAAGAGCUGGAGAAACAAGAGGUGGAACUACGGGAGAAAACGCGUCUGGAACAACUGCAGCAGGAGCAGAAGAUAAUCGAAGAGAGGAAUAAACGCAAGAAAGCUCUGCUCACUAAAACUAUCGCUGAAAAGUCCAAACAGACUCAAGCGGAAGCGGUGAAGCUGAAGAGGAUCCAGAAGGAGCUGCAGGCCCUGGAUGACAUGGUGUCUAACGAUAUCGGCAUCCUGAGAGGAAAGAUUGAACAGGCCAGCUGGGAAUACAGCAGCGCCAGAAAGCGCUACGAGAAGGCGGAGGCCGAGUACGUGAUGGCUAAGUUGGACCUGCACAAGAAGACGGAGGUGAAGGAGCAGCUGACGGAGCACCUCUGCGCCAUCAUCCAGCAGAACGAGCUGCGUAAAGCUCACAAACUGGAGGAGCUGAUGCAGCAGCUGCAGCUUCAGGCCACCGAGGAGGAGGAGGAGCUGGAGAGACAGAAGGAGAAGGAGGAGAGAAACGGUGUUGUGGAGAAUCAGGAGGAAACAGUGCAAUCAACCAAAGACUGUAGAUCAGCAGAGGAAGAGACGGAGGAGAGGAAGGAGAGGAAGGAGAGCGGAGGAGACGUCCAGCAAGAACAACAAGAAGCGACGACGGAACAAGACUGUAAAACACUAGAAAACUGUCUUCAGACUGAAACUGUGACCUCCUGAUGCUCAAACACUCAUUCAUCAACCGUUAUGUAAAAUAUCUGGACAUCAUCACACAUUCAUUCAUCUCUGUAGGAUGAAUAGAAAGCACUGACGCUGAUGUAUUCCACUAACACUGUCAUCUACAUGAAAUAUGUCCGACUUAGGGCUCAGAAUCAAACCACAAUACCUUUUUAUUAUUUGGGUUCGGACCAAAACAAGUAGACUGAACCGCCGUCUUCUGAAAGAACAGUUUAUAUAUUACGUCUAAUACGCUUUGAGAAAAAUGUAAUUGUGGCCUGGACUCCACCGACGUCGGGAUGGAUGGAUGGACGGAUGGAUGGAUGGAUGGAUGGAUGGAUGGAUGGAUGGAUGGAUGGUGGGAACACUGGAGAGCAGAACACAAUGGCGUCCAGUUUGCGGUUCUGGUUACGGUUGAGGAGGAGGGAAAAGGUUUUGGUUUAAAUGUUGAAACACUUUUAAUAUUCAACAUUCAUACCAGAGCUGCAACUUCUUUUGAUAAUUGAUUAAUCAUUUUGGUCCAAAAAAAGCCAAAUAUUAGACGGUUAAUGGACCGUUCAGACCGUUUAACGGCUCUAGAAACUGUGAUAGUCGACAUUUUUCAUCGUUUUUUUUUGAUGUUUAAUCAACCGAACAGACGAUUAAUUGGAAAACUAACUGUAAGAUUGAUCCAUAAUCAAUAUAACGGUCAGCUGCAGCUCUUUCUUUAACCUUCAGAGUUCUUUCAGUUGUCUGAACAGAACCGUAAAAGCAUCAGUCACGCUUUACGUAGCGUGUUGUAGGAAAACAAAUGAGAUAAGUGAACGUUUUCCAGAUAUAGUCCGAACCUUUCGCUCUCCUCGUUAUGUUGAUAAAAACCAAUCACCUCACCGUUCCAACAUCUGAGCAGCGACGUGAUGGUUAAAGUCAGAGCGAGAUGGCGGUUAUGACUUCCUGUGUCGGCGUGUAGCGUCGGCAGUGGAUGUAAAUAACGUUUGUGUAUUUUUUUUGGACGUUGUAAAACGUGAUCCAGGUGUCUUUUACACUCCCUGUCAUGUGUUCGGCUGCUGCAGGUUAGCAGCACAGAGAACGCCCACCGCCAUCAAAUGUUCCCUCAUAUUUGUAUUAUUAUUUUUUUGAUCAGAUAGUCACCGACUUGGAUCAAAACUUCUCUCUCAUGUCGCGCAGCUGCUCGUGUUUAGACGACAUGUAACAUUUCAGAACUUUGGCUUCUUUUCUUUCUUUCUUUAUAGGGAAAAAAGGGGAAAACAUGUUGAUGUUUCUCAAACAUUUCAGAUGAUAGUCAGCCCCUCUCAGUACGUCGAAAGUCUCCUCUCUGAGCUCUUCUUCUACUUCUUUAAAAAAAAAACGUGGUGAAUUAUCUCUCAAAAACAUGUUUUUGAUUGUUUUCUUUGUGGCGACACUGAAUGAUGGGUACUGUUUACUUCCUGGAUGGAUGGAUGGAUGGAGGAGGAGGAGGAGGAGGAGGAGGGGGGGGGUGUAUUUCCAAAAACAUAAAGCCGUGUCUUAUGUGUCUGUAGAUGAACAUGUUCGCUGGCUCUGAGCUCGUGUUUCACUGAGGAGCCUCCUGAAGGGUAAGACCAUAUCUGCUCAUGUACGGAUGCUUUCAGCUGCAGAGUUUCUCUCGCUGCACGUUGGAAUAAUGUGUCGAAAUUAAUAUAUGAUGUUAAUCUCUCUCUCUCUCUCUCUAUAUAUAUAUGUAUAUGUAUAUAUAUAUAUGUGUGUGUGUGGGCCUGACCAAAGUCUGUAGAGCUGAUGGAGAAGAUGUCUUUAUUUAAAAAUGUUUAGAUCAACACUACAGUAUGAUAUUUUACUAAAAUAAACUUUUAAAGAGUAUA